AUGAUAGCGAGGUGGUACGACAGGAAGAAAAAGGUCACGAUCAAACUGAAUAUUACGUCGUACGAAUCAACGGAGAAAGUGCUCAGCCGAAAUGUUGUGUUCGAGAUUCCCGGUUCCACACAUCCUCAGGAAAUCGUACUUUUGUCUGCCCAUAUAGAUUCUUGGGAUGUUGGUCAAGGUGCACUGGAUGAUGGUGGUGGUAUGGCAGCAGCACGAGCCGCAAUGCUGGCAAUCAAACGCCUUUCGCAAUCUAAUGCGGAUUUCAAGCCGAAAAGAACUAUACGAGGAAUAUUCUGGACAGCCGAAGAACAAGGAACUCUGGGUUCAUCCUAUUAUUUUCACGACCAUUCAUCUACAAAAGAACGUUUCGUGUGUGUAUCAGAAAGCGAUCAGGGAGCGUUGCGACCGCGUAAUUACCAGUCUGUUCUCCGGUAUCAAGGGGACAAGCGACAUAGAUCACUGAUUGAAAAAAUGGUUCUGCUGCUGAAUAUGAAUGGAAUUCCACUACGAAUUCGGGACGAUCGUGAUCAAGUGAGUGCACAAGGAAUGAGUUUGAAGCGCAGCUCACACUGA